UUUCUUCCAUUUGUUUCACGCGUGCUUUCUUAACACAUCUUCAUUCCCAGCUGUAGAACAAAUCGACAUCAGCUGGGUUUGCAUCAAGUAGCACCUUGGUGACCAAACGUAGUGGAAUUUGAAGCAAACUUCGGCGUGCGUUCUGCAAAGUGAAGGCUAUUCGUGCAAACCUGCCAAAUAUCUCUUUUGUCGCGGCGAGGCACGCGACAAAGGGGCGAUAACAGUACAUCGAACCCCGGCUAACAAAGAGGUCUUUUUCUCAACGUCAACAUUUUUCCUCCAUAUUCCCUAGUGAUGAGUCAUGUGUCCGUGGAGAAUGUCCAUGGUCUAGAACAACAGCUUGCUGUCCUAGACUUGAAUGUGGCAGACGGACAAGGUGGUGGCACCAACAGAAGAUACAUUCCUCCACAUUUACGGAACAAAGAUGGUCCUAAAAAUGGAGGAAAUGUGUUUGCUGCCAGGGCAGGCUACACCAUCGCACCUGCCGCCGCCUUUGGCUGGGAUGGGGCCCGCGGCAACUUUGUCAAUGGCUACCAUGACAACCGUAUGACUGGCGGGAACACUUACAAUCGUGGCCCGCCUCGCAUGGAACGGGGCCGAGGGGGCAUGGGCGGAGGCGGCUAUCGUGGCAACAGAGGUGGAUCCUUCAAUCCCAUCAACCCUGCUCAGUCAAUGGGCUUCGGGUUGUAUGAAAGCAAAGACGCUGGCGGUUGGAACACUGCCAAGGAUGCCUACAGCAGCUUCGGAAACAAUCGAGGAAAAUCUGCUUUCUUUAAUGACAGAAGCAAUGCAAAUCGUGGACGGUUUGACCAUGGUGGGUAUAGCGGCGGCGGAAACAGCCGCUGGGUGGAAGAGGCCUGCACUGAUGGAGACUGGUCCAAACCAACACCCCUCAAUGAGCGACUUGAACAUGAGUUGUUCUCCGGCAGCAACACUGGGAUUAAUUUUGAGAAAUAUGAUGACAUUCCUGUUGAGGCCACUGGACAGAAUUGCCCUCAUCACAUCGAGAGUUUCCAGGACAUAGACAUGGGUGAGAUUAUCAUGGGCAACAUUGCGCUGAGCCGCUACACCCGACCAACCCCUGUCCAGAAAUAUGCCAUUCCAAUCGUCAAGUCCAAGCGAGACCUCAUGGCCUGCGCACAGACAGGUUCUGGGAAGACAGCGGCAUUCCUGCUGCCAGUUCUCAGCCAAAUCUACGCCGAGGGACCAGGAGAUGCUCUGAAUGCAGCGAAAGCCUCUGGGCAGGAGAAUGGAAAAUAUGGCCGUCGCAAGCAGUACCCCAUUUCGCUGGUCCUUGCCCCUACUCGAGAGCUAGCUCUACAGAUAUAUGAUGAAGCCAGGAAGUUUUCAUACCGAUCCAGAGUCCGCCCCUGUGUCGUGUAUGGCGGAGCAGAUAUUGGCCAGCAGAUCCGAGAUCUCGAGAGAGGAUGUCACCUACUGGUGGCUACCCCGGGAAGACUCGUGGACAUGAUGGAGAGGGGCAAGAUUGGACUAGACUACUGCAAGUACCUUGUCCUGGAUGAAGCGGAUCGCAUGCUGGACAUGGGCUUUGAGCCUCAGAUACGGCGCAUCGUUGAACAGGACACCAUGCCUCCGAAAGGCAACCGGCAGACCAUGAUGUUCAGCGCCACCUUUCCCAAAGAAAUACAGAUCCUGGCCAGGGAUUUCCUGGAUGACUACAUCUUCCUGGCAGUGGGACGAGUGGGCUCCACCUCAGAGAACAUCACUCAGAAGGUGGUUUGGGUGGAAGAGAGCGACAAGAGGUCUUUUCUCCUGGACCUGCUCAGUGCCACAGUCAUCCCCAGCGAAGUGCAGGACAAUGCUGGAGAGAACAUGGAGAAGCCUGGCAAGGACUCACUGACUCUGGUUUUUGUGGAGACCAAAAAAGGCGCAGACGCCUUGGAGGACUUCCUGUACCGGGAAGGUUACGCCUGCACCAGCAUCCACGGCGAUCGUUCCCAGAGGGACCGAGAGGAGGCCCUGAACCAGUUUCGAUCUGGAAAGUGCCCCAUCCUGGUGGCUACUGCUGUUGCAGCUCGUGGUCUUGACAUCUCCAAUGUGAAACAUGUUAUUAACUUCGACCUGCCAAGUGACAUUGAAGAGUAUGUUCACCGCAUUGGACGCACAGGACGAGUAGGAAACCUGGGACUGGCCACCUCGUUCUUCAACGACAAGAAUGGGAACAUCACGAAAGACCUACUGGACAUCCUGGUGGAAGCCAAACAGGAAGUUCCUUCAUGGCUCGAGAGCCUGGCUUAUGAGCACCAGCAUAAGAGCAGCAACCGCGGACGCUCUAAGAGGUUCGCUGGUGGUUUUGGAGCGCGUGACUAUCGUCAGACGGCCGCCGGAGGCAACGCCGGAGGCUUUGGAGCGCGCGGUGUUCGGAACCAAGUGGGACAUGGAGGAGCCCGUGGCUUUGCAGCAGGUGGCUUUGGAACCUUCUACACAAGCGACGGCUACGGCGGCAACUACUCACAUUCUCAAGUCGACUGGUGGGGCAACUAGACUCUUAGUUCUCUCUCUCUCUCAUCCACAUAUUUUGUCCCCUCCCCACUCAGCUCUUUUCCUUUCUCAACUCUGCUGUCUUCACCCCAUCUGCCGCCCUAGUCAACAUUUAGAACCUAUGUGCAUGCGAUUAUAAAUAUACUCAUAAUACAGCACCCCCACGACAUCCCUGGACAGUGUAAUCUAAAUUUAAAAUCUCACAACACACGGAAAAGCGAUUCUUCCAUUUGGUUAUUUUACUAGAUUCCUGCCGCGGGACGCUUUCUUUGUGGCACUUUUCAUAUUUGAAUUUUGGCUCCAUGUUUUUUACUGCCUUCACUCAAUCGCAAAGGCUUCCAGUGAGUCUCUCCGCACCCACGUGUCGUCUUUGUGUUUAAUGCAUGUCCGGCGUAUGAGGGAAGAAAAAAAAAACAGCACUGAGACAUGAAACAAAUUCCAACAUCGGAACUGGCUGAGGCCUCCGCUGGUAAGAGAGGCCACAAAUCUUGCUCUUAGUUUUUUGUUUUAACCUUUUCUUUUAAUUGAAGUGCAGAUGUGCACAGGUCUUGGAAAGAUGUCUGAGGAGACCCAGAAAAUAAUGGGAUGGAAUUUGGAUUGCUAGCAAGCAUUGUUGCCCAUCACUUGAAAUGUCAGCUAACAGAAUCAUAGGACUUUUGCUUUACUUGGCAAAAAUAACAAGGUAAGAUCAUUUGUUUCUGUACUGUGCCUUUCAGAAUUCGAGCAUUGGCUUUUCUUAGUUCUGUUCUGUGAGAAACAUACUUUAUGUCAUGUAUUGGUUUGUUAUCUUGAUUUCUCUUUGGAAGGAAACAAGCUAGACUUGAACUAAAUCAAACCUUGGCAAAACAAAACUAAACUGAACUUGGUAAAACUGCCAUGAGGAAACUCAAACGCGGUUCCUCAUGAUCUGAUACGGUUCUUAAAAGCAUCAAACCUCUCGUGGUAGGCUUUGUGCUUCUAGAAAUCACAUGUCAGUCCUGCAGCUCUACUUUGAGCUUGAAGUCAAGAAGUUCCUCGCAUAGUUGCCAAAAGUUGGUAUUUCAGUAACUGGGCUGCUGACGGACUAAGCAGUGCGGCAAACUCAAAGGAUGGGUUUUAUUUUUCCUUCCUCCUCACCCCUCUUCAAUCAAAUGCAGACCGACCUUGCUGCCUCGGUAAGGACAAUAAAUUCCAACCAUCAGUGCCCAUGUCUGUUGUGCCAACUCUUGGCAUCCCUAUGCUCCCGGGAACCUGACUCUGCCUCCACCCACAAACUUUGAAGCCCUUUUUGGCCGAAAGCAUCUUUCAAGGGGAAACCCAACUAAAAAGACUCAGAGAUCCAAAAUUCCCUGCUCACUCUAUCCUGGAGAGUCACAUAAAGAGUUUUCUCUUUAAAAAGAAAAAGAAAAAAAAAAAAAACAUCAUUCCAGUAUUGCUUUGAGUGUUUUGGGAUUAGUUGCAGUCGGGGAUGAAUGCAUACAUCGGGCCCAAGUGUUUCCCAGCAGGGCAGCAGAGGCUUGGAGGGGAGUAAUAAGACAAACAUGAGGAAAGCGAUUGUUUCCUUUUCAAGGUUUGAGAUAUGGGGCCCAGUCUCUUUUUCCAAACUGCACUGUGAUAAUGGCGAUCAUGAUAAUGAGCCACAUGGCGACUUGCCCCGCUAGACCUCAGAACACAGUAAAACGAGGACUUGCCACAUUUGCACUCGGCCCUGCUGUGGAACCAGACCGUGUUUACGAAAACUCCACCACCUUGCGUUUGGGAGUGUAGCGGUAAAAGUCAAGGUGCAAAUUUGUUUUAUUUACAUGGAGAUCUUAAAGGAAUUCACAUGUAGAUAACCUGUAAAUAGUUGAAAAUUGUUUGCGUGGAAAUUUGCUUGUUAACUCAGUACUGGGAUGGACGUUGUCCUGAGAGAGAGGAGUUCACUGGACAAUUUGAUUCCAAUAGAUUUUCUCGCAAAAUUGCCCAUGCAGCAAAAAAAUGGACUCGGACAUAUGCAAGUGUUGUUGUUUUUUUUUGGUCAAGCAAUUUAGACAUGCAAAAACAAGUUUAGCAGGUUUUUAGUUGAUGCUGAUUUGUCUUUCUUUUUACCCCCUUUUGUGUGCGUGUGUGUGUGUGUGUGUGUGGGUUUUUUUUUUUGUUUUGUUUUUUUUUGGGAUCUGUGUUACACUGGGAGCUAGUGUUGUGUAGUUUGUUGGGAGGUCACAUUCAAUAUAGUAAAAAGUCCCUAAAAGCAGCAUUUAGUUUCCGGGCAAUGGGAGAGCUCAUGCACAUCAUAAUGAAUCCCAUGAAACGAGGUUCUCCCCUUCUCUAGUGGCGAGAUGAGAUGUGCUCAAGGACAGACCGAUUCUGUCUGCAUGUUGUUUUUACGGGCUGAAGUCUUUGUGGUUAAGCUGCAGUAGGUUUCGACCUGAGGGGCUGUCAUGUGAGUGCUGCUCACUUGACACCGAGUAGACUGUAGGCUUGCAUCUGACAAUCAGUUCAGGACUUCAUUGUCGUUUCGUCAGUCACGCCCCCUG